AUGAGGACUGAGAACCAGAGUAGCAUGUCUGAAUUCCUCCUCCAGGGGUUCCCUGUCUGGGCAAAACAGCAGGACAUUUUAUUUGCCCUGUUCCUGUGCAUGUACCUGAGCACAUUGCUGGGGAACCUGCUCAUCAUCCUGCUCAUCAGGCUGGACCCUCACCUCCACACACCGAUGUACUUCUUCCUCAGCCACCUGGCCCUCACAGAUGUCUCCUUUUCAUCAGUUACUGUCCCUAAAAUGCUGAUGAACAUGCAGACACAGGAUCAAUCCAUUCCCUAUGCAGGGUGUGUAACACAGACAUAUUUUUUCUUAUUUUUUGCUUGCAUUGAUAACCUUCUUCUUGCAGUGAUGGCCUAUGACAGAUAUGUGGCCAUUUGUCACCCUCUACACUACGCCAUCAAAAUGAGGGAAGAACUGUGUCUUUGUCUAUUGGCUGGAUCCUGGCUCUUCUCCUGUUCCUAUGCCCUGACCCACACCCUUCUCCUGGCUCGACUUUCCUUCUGUGAUGACAAUAUCAUCCCCCACUUCUUCUGUGACCUUGCUGCCCUACUUAAGCUGUCCUGCUCAGACACCUCUCUCAAUGAGCUGGUCAUAUACACUGCAGGGGCUGCAGUUGUCAUUUUCCCAUUGAGUGGCAUCCUGAUCUCUUAUGGCCGCAUUGGGCUCUCCAUCUUGAGGGUCCCCUCUACUAAAGGGAUCUGCAAAGCCUUGUCCACCUGUGGCUCCCACCUCUCUGUGGUGUCUCUAUUCUAUGGGACAAUUAUGGCGCUAUAUCUUUCCUCCUCAUCAGGCCAGUCCCAUGACAAGGACAUCAUUGCUUCUGUGAUGUACACAGUGGUCACCCCCAUGCUGAACCCUUUCAUCUACAGCCUGAGAAACAGAGACAUGACAUUGGCUCUGGGGAUUCUUUUCAGAAAUAUUAACCUGUUUGUCAAGUGA